AUCAAAAUCCAUAGAUUGAAUCAUAAGGCCAAAAGUAAUUGGUUUUUGAAGAUUCAGGGAGAACAAGACAACUAAUUUUUUCUUUUUGCCGGGAAAGUGAUAGAAAAUGGGCGCCACUGAGGAACCAAUUCUCUCUAGGAUUGACCGUUUGGAUAACAUGUUGAGGCACAUAGAGGUAAUUAGAGGGUACAACCGAUCUCCAAAAAGCUCGUGUGCAUCGAGUCCAACAAGUGGAAGUGAUGGACGCGCUUCCUCCGUUGAUUUCUCUCCAAAGAGCUUAGAGAAGCACUGCCGUCCGAUUGAGACCGUUAUAAUGGAGACCGAAGUCAAAGGAACACUUAUAGAAAGGCUCAACCAAGUAGAGGAUCGGAUGCUUAAGCUAGAGGAAGAAUGGACGGUAGAGAAAAAAAUGGUAAAGAGGCCAAAGAAGGGUUUGAAACAGCUUGUGAAGCAAUGUAUGCACUCAAGAAAAGAACACAACAAGGACUAAUGAGAAGCAUGGGUCGAUUUUGUUGUACAUUUAUUUUUCUUUUUCAACUCUAGUAAAGCCACUUUUUGAGAUAAGGUUUCACUUAAUUUAACUUACAAUAGUAGUGUUAUGAUAUUUUCAUCAUGGUGGUUCCACUUCCUUUCGUGUGUUUUAUGAGGAUUACAUUAAGUUUUGAUUUAA